AUGCCAAUCGAGGACAAGAAGGAUGUACCGGGUCUGGUCGGGAAAAUACUGGACCUACCGGUAAUGGUUACAGUGGGCGAGCUCAUGCAACAUGCCCUAGAUCUGAGGGAACACCUGAAGGAGCUCAUCACCCUGAAGCGUGUGGCGACAACGGCGUGGGUCGAGGAAGUCACGGACAAGGACAAGGGUGACAAAGGUGAAUGGAGCAUGUACCUGACUGCCUUGAAGACUAUGCUGCUGACCAAGGGUUCAUUGCCACUAUGGGUCGUGGAACCGAUCAUCGAGGACACCCUGCAGUGCGAGUGUAUUCUGGACCAAGGCGCUCAGAUUUGCGUGAUGCGUCAAGAUGUUUGGCAGGACCUCUGGGCACCACUCAACCCGGAUGGGGUGAUCCUACUCGAGACCGUGAACACUUCAGUGACCAAGACUGUUGAGAAGCUUCCAUGUGUGCACCUUCACUUCAGGAUGGUUAUCAUCGUGGUACAGGUCCAAGUUGUUCAGAAUGCGCCAUUCGAGAUACUUUUGGGACGUCCUUUCUUUGCUACCUCAGCAUGCGACACCCACGACUUUGCCUCUGGGGAACAGCAAAUCACCAUCAUGGACCCACACUCAGGGGAGCGUGUCGUGGUGCCUACAAAAGCUCGAACCACGCAAUGCAGAGCAGAUCUGGAGCAGCUGGAUUUUCAAGAGUCGAUGAAUUGGGCCUAG